AUGCUUGGUCGCAUAUUCAAUGGUUCUGGGAAGCCCAUUGACAAUGGCCCACCUAUUUUGCCUGAGGCUUACUUGGAUAUUUCUGGGAGUUCUAUCAAUCCUAGUGAGAGAACCUAUCCUGAAGAGAUGAUACAGACCGGAAUUUCAACAAUUGAUGUUAUGAAUUCAAUUGCUAGAGGGCAGAAAAUUCCUCUUUUUUCUGCCGCCGGUCUUACCCAUAAUGAAAUAGCUGCCCAGAUAUGCCGUCAGGCUGGUUUGGUAAAGCGGUUGGAGAAUACGGGAAAUCUCCUUCAGGAUGGAGAAGAGGACAAUUUUGCCAUUGUGUUUGCAGCUAUGGGAGUCAACAUGGAGACAGCACAGUUUUUCAAACGUGAUUUUGAGGAAAAUGGAUCAAUGGAGAGGGUGACCCUUUUUCUAAACUUGGCCAAUGACCCUACAAUAGAACGUAUUAUUACUCCUCGGAUUGCUCUAACUACUGCUGAAUAUUUGGCAUAUGAGUGUGGGAAGCAUGUUCUUGUCAUAUUAACAGAUAUGAGUUCCUAUGCUGAUGCUCUUCGUGAGGUAUCUGCCGCCCGUGAGGAAGUGCCUGGAAGGCGUGGGUAUCCUGGGUACAUGUAUACUGAUCUGGCAACAAUAUAUGAGCGUGCUGGGCGAAUUGAAGGACGCAAGGGUUCCAUUACACAAAUUCCAAUUUUGACUAUGCCGAAUGAUGACAUCACACAUCCUACUCCAGAUCUUACGGGUUAUAUUACUGAGGGACAGAUAUAUAUUGACAGACUACUUUAUAAUCGUCAGAUAUACCCACCUAUUAACGUUCUUCCAUCCUUGUCUCGUUUAAUGAAGAGUGCCAUUGGUGAGGGGAUGACUCGCAGGGAUCAUGCUGAUGUGUCCAAUCAGUUAUAUGCAAAUUAUGCAAUUGGAAAGGAUGUCCAGGCAAUGAAAGCUGUGGUUGGAGAAGAAGCGCUCUCUUCGGAGGACCUGCUAUAUUUGGAGUUUUUGGACAAAUUCGAGAGGAAGUUUGUCGCCCAAGGAGCCUAUGACACCCGCAACAUUUUCCAAUCACUUGAUUUGGCAUGGACAUUGCUCCGCAUAUUCCCUCGCGAGCUUCUCCAUCGGAUUCCAGCAAAGACUCUUGAUCUGUACUACAGUCGCGAUGCAAAUAAUUGAGGCGGGAAACAAUCUCCGUGUACCCACGUCUCCUGUUUGAUCGUUUUGACUUGAGUUUGUCCAGCUCAAAUAAUAAAGGUUGUGUACUUAGUGAGUCCCUCAGAAGCCAAAGCUGUCCGGCAUUUAGAAAGACAUCAGUAUUCUAUUCUUCUAGUGGGAACCAGUUAGAUAUUGUAUUUUUUUGUAAUUCUGUUUGUGUUUGUGUUAUCCAGUUG